GUUGUUUUAAAAGAGUCGGAUGUCGACCACAUAAUUGCAAACUCAGAUCACUGCUUAAGCGAUCAGGAUUGACAUGUUGAAUCAUGAAAUUGUUAAAAUAUGGACUAUCAAUCGUAUUGUUUGCUCUAUUGGCUUCAAUUUAUGCUGAAAAAUGUGAAAGGAUCAAGAUUGGUAAUGAAUAUUAUAAACGUCACCUUAUUGCAGCCAUUGACGGCUACCCCACAGGGAUGGUCAUAGAUCCAAGAACAGAUAAUAUAUUCUUCCUACUUCAUAAACGGAACUACACAAAAGGAAUUCACAUUUUGAAACACGGAUCUUUAGGAAUCAAAGAGCUUCCAGUGGCCGAUGAUUAUAUUGGUCAAUGUAUUGGUAUAGAUGUGGCUAACAAUAUAAUUUAUAUAGGAACGAAUCAAGGUUUAGUUACUUAUGACUAUUCAAGGCCGGAUAUAAGUGUGGAACGACCAAUCGGUGAUGACGACAUCAGGAGUAUAUUUAUAGACAAAACAGAUAAUCAGAUGUAUAUUACAACGGGCCAUAAUCAUGAAAUAUUCAAGUUUGUUAAUGGCUCGGCCGCUGUUAAAAGAUACGAUAAGAUUCCGAAAGCUUACAACUUUGUAUUAGACGGUAAAGGGAAUGAUUUUUACGAAUACGUUGACGGGAGAUUGUAUUUCUUUCCAAUAGAUUUGUAUGAACCAAUACAGUACAAAGGUUUCUCUAGGGAGCUGAAAUAUAUAUUGAAACUAAAUAACCACGACGAAGCCAUUGUAGCAGUAAAGGGAUCUUUAUUUAGAUUGUUUACCAGAAGUAUUUUACCAGUCAAGAUAGGACAAUUGGGCUUCAAAAUUACAGGUUUAGCUUUUGAUAACAAAAAUAAUAUCAUUAUAGGCACAAGAGGAAAGAUUUACAGAUACAAACCUAUAGAUACUAAUGACCCAUGUCCUCCUGAUGACUAUUUUAUGACCAGUAUAUAACUUUUCAUGUAAAAUAAAUAAAUGUUUAGAACCUAAUAAAUAAUCUUUGGCAUAAA